GCAUUUCAAUGUAAUUAGUUCACUUCAUGCCUCCGAAUUCGUAACUUGUAUUAUUUUAUGUGCUCUUAUAUACUGGACUUAGUGUUGUGCCGAAAUGCCAAGAUACUGCGGCAAAAGUUUCGAAUGUGGAAAGAAAAUUAUGUGAACCGAAAUAAUACCUUGAGCUUUUGUGAAUAGUGUGAAAGUGUGUCCUUUAAAAUUGACUGAAGUAUUUUACAUUGUGUCUCCGCAUGCCUAACAUUCCCUUGGAUCGUACUAUCACCCCGAUUUUACAAUUCGUAAUUCGAUGAUUUUUGGUCGCAAGCCACCUGCCAACGAAGCUGAUGAACAGAGUAAAGGAGAAAAAUGUCUUAGUACCAUGCGCCAGUCCUUUCACAGGGCUUUAACUACCUGUAAGGCCCCAUUGCCCCCUGGCAAGAAGUAUGUUGCUGUACAGUUCCUUACCAAAGAAAUCAUUUUUUAUGUUGUUGAUGCCAAAGGAAAAGGCCAAGAAGUAUUUGAUGAAGCUAGCAAACACCUUGGACUUUUAGAUGCAGAGCUUUUUGGAUUAGCAUUCUAUCAAGAUGGUGAUUAUAUUUUUGUGGAUCUAAAUUUAAGAGUCUCUAAAUAUGCUGUAAAGAGUUGGAAAACACAUAGUAAUGGUAUUGGAGGUGAUGGACAGCCUCUGCUGAUUCUACACAUGAGGAUUAAGUACUAUGUGGACUGUCAUCUUUUAAUUAAUGAAAAGGUUGUUCGCCAUCAUUACUACCUUCAACUGAGAGAAAAUGUAAAAAAUUAUUCCCAAUCCAUUAGUGAAGAAAAAUCCUUUUUGUUGGCUGCCUUAGCUUUGCAAGCUGAUCUGGGAAACUAUGAUAAAGAAAAACAUAAAAAUCGUUAUUUUGAAAUAGGCAAUUAUUUUCCAGCUUGGAUCAUAACGAAAAUUGGAGAGGAUUUCAUUGUUCGCAAUGUUCCCGCUUUGCACAAGGACAAUGCAGGCUUAAGCCGUGGUGAAGCUCAGGUUGGAUAUAUAAAAGAAGCUUCUGAUAUAACAGCUCCACAUAAUAUGCAUUUUUAUAGGAUGAGGCGGAAGAGAGGAAAAAUUUGGAACUUUCUGUGGCUUGGAAUAAGAGAUAGUGGAAUCCACAUAUAUGAGGUUAAAGAACCAGAAAAGACCAAAUCCUUGUUAUCAACAUUUCUGUGGUGUGAUAUUGCAAAACUGCAUUUUGAAAAAAAGAAGUUCGAAAUUUUGUCUGAGGGCAGUCCAGAAUGUAGAAGGUUUACUUAUUUUCUCCAAAGUGAAGAUUUGGCUAAACAUUUACUCUGGAUAUGUAAAACAACUCACCAUUUUCACAUGGCUAAUCAAAAUCGAGUCGCAGACCUGAAACAGCUGGAAAUAGAUGGGGGUAAACCAUAUCGUGAAGCUUACAUUUAUACUGAUAAAUGGGAUCAAGCAUGGGAAAAGAAACAAAAUACUUUGUCAAAAAGCAGAUCAAAAUUAAAAGUGGAAAACUCCGCUGUCAAUUUUAAUGGGAAUGAAGAAAAUUCCCUUGUAGAAAAGAGCUUGAAACCUGUAAAUAUGAAGAUGUGUGGCAUGCCUUGGAACAAUGUAGAUUUAGAUAAGUGUAAAGUAGAUAGCCAAUGCAUUCCUCAACAUCAUUCCAUGGAAGUUUUACCCUUACUCAAUGGGUGCAAGUUUUCAUCAGACAUUAAAUAUAAAAGUCAAAGCAUUUCAUGCUUUUCAGAUCGUUCCUUGACACCUUAUUCCCCUGCAAUAAACUGCAACAGUACAGGUCAUCUUUGGAAUCCGGAAUCUGGAAAUAGUGUUUCUACAACUCCAACAUCAACUUUGAUGUCAAGAAGCAGCUGCACAUCAAACACUGACAGCACUUGCAGCUCACUAUCCCUUACAAGUGGCUCUACUCUUAAAGUCGGCAGCAGUCUUAUUUCCCAAAGCUCGAACGAUGGCAGUCAUUGGGUUAAGUGUGAUUCUUUUGAAGAACUUCCAGUCAAAACAGCCCAGGCAGAAAAAGUCAUGCACAAAGUUUGCAUAUCAACUUUUGUCGACAAACAUGUAAGGACAGCAAGUGUGUAUGAUGCUGUGACAGUGCCUCUUGUAACCCCUGCAAAAUCGUCACAUACCUCAACCAUUAAUCCCAGUACUAGUUCAAAUCCUACUGUCACAAAACAACUUCUGGGAAUGUCAUCUAGUAAAGUGGAUGUGCGCAGGACUCCAUCCCUUAAUGUGGGUUGUGUAAGCUCAAAUCAAAAACCAAUUUACUCACAAACUGCUUUUGAUUCUCAUAUUCCGUUAAGUGCUCAGAAACCAAACAGGCAUUAUGCUCAAAACCAAGUUUCUUCGCAUGGAAGAACAACUACUAGGAUUGGUGUAUCGUCGCUGAGUAGAGACCAAAGACUACCUCUGACUUUGUUCAACAAUCGCCGUAUACUUGCAUGUGGCUCGGAGCCCAAUUUGUAUGCUCCGAUCGGCGACUGCGAUCCAGAAACGUUAGUUAAUGACAGCAUAAUGUCUCUUAAAUCCCAGAGGCUUGGAAGAAAUCUCAAUAGUCAGAGUGAAAUCAGUCUUAAUAUGACUGAUUAUGCCGUCCAGAGUCAGAACAGUACUUUUAGCUUCAAAGAUUCCUUGAACUCUUCAAAAGAUUCAGAUCAUUGCAGAUCGAAAAGCAGGCAGCUGUCUUUGCCUGAUGUGUAUAAUGAACUCGAUGGAGAAACUGAUUUCCCAUGCAUUCCCCCUCCUCCAGCAUAUAGAAAUGAAGUGGGCUGUGCUGUGUCACCAUCUGACAGUUCUGCUGAAUUCAUACCAAAGCAGCACUUUUCAGAAAAUUCUCAAAAAGUGCCUGUUAAAAUUCCAUUAUCACGUCCCAGCAAGGAGGGGUCUGUACUACCUCAACAAGCGUCAUCCGUAGAUGUGUUAGAUAUCCAGCAACUGAGGCAGCGAAGUCGUGAUUUAGACUUACCCUUGAUAUCUGCGCUCUGCAAUGAUCGGUCUCUCUUGAUGUUGCCCAAAACUGUACCUACCUGCUCCAGGCAGAGGCAUCUCGGAAGCAAAGAUCCCUUGAGGUUCAAUCGAACUACUUCUCUGCCGAACGGGGACGGGACGGACAUCUUGCUUCCACACAAUGGCCGUCCAAUCAGCUGGCAUGUGGAUUCUGGACAGCUUCCCAACGUUACAGAACACGUUAAGCCUAAUUCAUCUUCAUGGGAUAAUAAUAUCAAAAGUAGGCCUUUAUGGCUUGAAGUUGGUCGAGUUGAAUCGACGAUUCAGUCAUUGCCGCCAACGAUACUGACAUCUUUCAGUAAGACGCCUGUUAAGUCUCAAAAGAGUGUAAGGGAUCCGCAAAGUUCUAUGGAUUAUUACAGGUACAAUGCCAAUCAGAUGAUACCAACGAAACUCUUGGCAUGCUCGCUAAAUGGUAUUGCAAGCAACAGAUUAUAUCAGAAGGGCUCAUCGUCUUGAUCUUUGGAGGAAAUUUUAGAUCAUCCUCUGUAUAUUGCUCAAACAUAUUUUUAUGUAUAUAAUUCUCAGCAUUUUGUAAAUUGUGCAUUUUUUGUAUUCAGAAAUUUAUUGUACAAAAGAUUAUAUUUAAAGCUUAAUAUUUGUAAAAUGUAUUUUGGAUGCUUUGAUAUUAAGGCCAGCAAAUGCUAAAUACCUAUUAUAAAGGUUACUCUUUAUUAGUUCAAUUAAUUAUUGCACUGUGUAAUAGAAAGCACUUACAAAAAUUACAGCCAUGGCCGCCAAUUGGAAAGACACGACAGGCACAUGAACUUCCUAGAAAUAUUUAAAAAAUUGUUUCUAUUAAAUUUUCAUUCAAGGGAACUUUUAAUAAAUAUUAUGUAUUAAGAUAAAUAAGUAAAUCAUCUUUAAUGUAAUAAUAAAAAAUAUUUAUAACAACUAAUAAAUGAAAGUAAUUAUAGGGCUAUUCCACAGGCAAACGGCCAUUUUCUUCUAAACAUGAUGGGUAAUGAACAAAAUUUUGUUACUUGAGAAAUCGCAAACAUAUGUGAGAUUUCUUCAGCAAAAACUUUUGUUCAUUGCCUUUUAAAUUUAUUACUUUUUACUGAAAUAUGAGCUUUCUCGUGCAAGAGAAAAUGGCAGCUUUUUUUCUGGAAUGGCCCAAUAAGAAAAGUUUGUAUUGUUAAUUGUUCCUAUUUUUCUUAACCCACAGUUCCCAUUGCUCUCUCUGCCAUUUUAAACUAUUGAUGGCUUCUGUAAUAAAUGUUUUUGUCAUAUUGGAAUUGUUAUGGCUAGUUCAGUGCCUAUUUUAAAGUUAUAUUCAAUUUUAUAAAUUGCAAAUUAUCUCGUCUGAAAAAUAAGAAAUGUAUACAUAAGAAAUAUUUUAUUAAAAUGUUUUUA